CUCUCUCCUGCCAGCACAAGCAAGCACAGCCAGCAGCCACUCACAACUAUGCUCUUGGAGGAAGAAACAGAUGUUCUUCCUGUUGCUGAAACUGUCAUGAGAAAACAUUUCCAAACGCUCUGUGCUGCUUUAAACUUGUAGGGAAAUGUGUGAUGAGGAAUGACAGAGUGUCUUAAGAGCCAGCCUACACAUACAGAUUAACUUUUCAUAAGAAGGCUGCGAUAAAAUGCCCUGCUGGGAGCUGGCUGUGACUCCCGAGAAACAUGUCUCGGAUCGGAUCAUGCACUGCAGACUCGGGAGCUCGGAUCGAUCCACACAUUCUGUACCGCUGAGACAUGGCAUCCAACAUUCCAUUCUGUGCUUUUUUAAAAUUUCAUUGGAAUCUAUCUGUCUAUUUUAUUGCAACAUGUACACAACUCUGGAUGGAAGGACUCAUUUAUCCUACAAAAACGGAUCUGCUAUCCAUACAGCAUCCAUUUGCAUUUCAGUCUUCUGCAAACCUCCACCACCACCACCACCACCACCACCACCCAUUCAACCCGCACCUUUCCCUCUCCGUGGCUCUCCCGGAACUUUGUGGGGACUUGGCAACACAGACGGAGGCUGUUUUUGGCUCCAGAACAAACUCUCGGUGCCGGAGCGAGCAAGGAGAAACGAAAUUGGAGAUCAGAGCUGUCAUGUCUUGUAAUGUUUCUUGCUGGGUCACCUUUCCUUCCAGAGCAUGAUUUUUAAGGAUUUGACUUUGGGGUAUUGAUUUUGAUUUUCCUUGGGGGUUCCCCCCCCCCGCCAUGUUGAUUUCACUUCUCUUCUGCCAAGCAGGAGUCACCUUCAGCUUUUGGCAGGGCUGGUCCUUCCAUGAGGCGAGGUGAGGCCAUUGCCUCAGGCCUCAGAUUGUGUGGGUGGCAGAGAAGACGGCAAGAGUGGUGGCCUCUGCCACCAUCAAAGCAGUUCUUCGGGCCCUCUCCGACUCUCGCAGGCUGCCUUCCUCACAGUCCUCGCCAAGAAGCACGAGAAGAAGCUGCUCGCAACCCUCCUCGCCCCGUUUCCAAAACUUGCAAGGAAAUGAAAGCCCCCACCAGGGCCAUGGCGGCAAGGCAGCAUCUGGCGCAUAUACACAAGGCACCACACACCCUUGGACUGCCAUGCUUUGGGGGCAGGAAGCUUAUCGGCCAUUCUGUGUCCGGCAAUGUUGACAACGGCAGUUGACCUGCUCCUCCCGGAUCAAGGCAGCCCCCUUGAAUUCAGCGGGGCUUACUCCCAGCUAAGUGGGUAGAGGACUGCAGCUAUUGGCCUCCAACCCAAGAAGAAGUCUUCCAAACUCCCCUGGCAGGAGGAGGAAGAAAAACGGAGUUCUUUACCCAAAUAGAAGGUGGCUCUGAAUUCAAGACGGCCUGCUUAAAAAAUACAGGUUAAAGGAAGCGGACUCUGAAUUUCAGACUAUCCCCCCAAUUUCUAACAUCAAAGGACUCUGGGGGAAACCUUGAGCGGUUCUGGCACCGUGGAAACUACUGCGCAUGCAAUUCUGUGCUGGCCGAAAUAAAGCUCCAUCUAUCUUGAGCCCUUUCGCAUGAUCAGAAGCCUCGAAAUGCUUACCUCCUCUGCAGAUGAUCCUUUUCUUCUGGCUUGGUGAAGACGUUCUCCGGCUGCUACUGGCAGCCGGGAGAUUGGGGAGGCCGGAAGGCCCCGGAACACCCAUUAUUUAUACUCCCAGCGGUCUCAUCUCUCCUCGUUCACCAUGAAGUUAAUGGACAAGUUCCAUUCCCCCAAAAUAAAGCGGACGCCAUCCAAGAAGGGGAAGCAGCCCGACCUGGUGGAGAAAACACCGGAGAAGGUGGCGAACAAGAAUCUAACCUUCUUGGAAGAGAAGGAGAAGGAGGUCGUGAGUGCACUGCGGUAUUUUAAGACCAUCGUUGACAAGAUGGCGAUUGACAAGAAGGUGCUGGAGAUGCUGCCGGGAUCUGCCAGCAAAGUGCUGGAGGCCAUCUUGCCUCUCGUCCAGACCGACCAGCGGAUUCAACAGAGUUCGGCCAUCUCCUCCUGCUACAGCCGCGUGUACCAGAGUCUCGGGAAUCUGAUUCGUUGGUCGGAUCAGGUGAUGCUGGAGGGCGUGAACUCCGAAGACAAAGAGGUGGUGAACACCGUGAAAGGAGUCAUUAAGGCCGUGCUGGACGGAGUCAAGGAACUGGUCAAGCUCACGAUUGAGAAGCAGGAGCACCCGUCCCCCACAAGUCCAGUCAAACCCAGCUUACCUGCGUGUAAAUCUGACAGCCCGUCGGAGCUCCCCUUGACCGACCGCGAGAUGGAGAUUCUCAACAAGACGACCGGGAUGGCGCAGACGACGGAGACUCUGGCGGACUCCAUGGACGAAGAGGUCGCCCCCCCCAAGCCCCCACUUCCGUGCAUCCGGGUAGCUGAAAACAGUCCUCCUCCCGCAUUGCCGCCCAAGAAACGUCAGUCGGCACCAUCUCCUACGAGAGUAGCUGUGGUGGCACCCAUGAGCCGGACCACCAGCGGGUCCAGUUUGCCGAUUGGAAUAAACAGACAGGAUUUCGACGGCGACUGCUACGCUCAGCGGAGGCUGUCCGGCGGCAGCCAGUCCUACGGCGGGGAGUCCCCCCGCCUCUCCCCCUACAACAGCAUGGGCAAGCUCAGCAAGUCGGACGAGCAGCUCUCCUCGCUGGAGUGUGACAGUGGGCAGUGCUCCCGCAACACCAGCUGUGAAACCUUGGAUCAUUAUGACCCCGACUACGAGUUCCUGCAGCAGGACCUCUCCAACGCCGACCAGAUCCCCCAGCAGGCGCUUGGCCUCCUCAGCCCUUUGCCGGAGUCGCUGGGGGAGUCCGGCUCCCCCUUCCACGGACACACCUUCGCGCUGCCGGAGCACGGCAGCCCCCAGGUGGCCGAGAUCCCCCCCGCCCUGCCGGAGAAGAAGCGGAAGCACGCCUUCGACACGGCCGGCUGCAGGGUCUUGUUUGAGCGGCACCCCUCGCAGUACGACAACAUCUCGGAGGAGGACCUGCGCGGCUCGGCCCUGCUCCCGUCCUUCACCCCCUUUGCCGCCGUGCUGCCCUUCCAGCCAGGGAGCUCGCCGGCAGACUUCCUCGCCGACUUCGCCGCGCUGGACUCGGGGGGGGAUGCCGAGAAGCCGCCCCCUCUGCCGGAGAAGAAGAACAAACACAUGAUGGCCUACAUGCAGUUCGUCGAAGACUACUCUGAGCCUCAGCCUUCCAUGUUCUACCAGACGCCCCAGAACGAGCACAUCUACCAGCAGAAGAACAAGCACCUGAUGGAGGUCUACGGGUUCAACGACUCCUUCAGCAGCGCGGACUCCGGCCAGGACUUGGCCCCGCCUCCGGCCCUCCCGCCCAAACAGCGGCAGCUGGCCUCUUUUGCAGCCUCCUCCUUCUCUUCUGUCUCCUACUGUGUCCAGCCACCUAAAGUGCCCUUUGCCCCCGAGGAUCUCGGCACCACUCAAGGCCUCAGUAUGUCCGUCUCUAAUUCCUUCCUCCACCAGCACAGCUCCUUCCCUGUGCACUCGUACAAAUCGGUCUUCAGGUCUUAUUCCCAAGACUUUGUGCCUCGCCACCAAAUCUCCAUCCCUCCUUUCCUCUCAUCUUCCUCCUCCUCCUCCUCCUCUCCGCCGCUGCCUUUCCCGCCUGCGCACCAGCCUCCCAACUCUGACCUGGCGGCAGUGCCGGCCGCGGCCGGCCAGGCGCUCAGCACUGCGGAUGGGGCCACCUCCUCUUCUCAGGAGAGCAGCUUUAACGGGACGGCUUCUGUCUGCCUUCCUUCUGAAACCUCUUUCACUGACUCUCUGCAGACAUCUUCGAGUGAAAACGCUGGAGAGGAGGCUGGGGAGGGUGAAUACGUCAACCUCUAUUCCUCCGGCCAAAGCAACGGGGAACUCCCUCACUCUGAAGGAGAAUCGCCGGCAUUUAAAGAUGGCCUCCUCAAGGACUCUGCCUCGCUGAGCAGUGCCCCAGGGAAGGAGAAUCCAGAGGAAGGCGAAAGGUCGCAGAAGUCGCCAGAAUCCUUGGAGUCCUCCCAGCCGAAAGAAGAAGUCGAUGAACUAUCCCUGGUUGACCACAGUGAAAUCAUGGCCAGGCUGACCCUGAAGCAAGAGGGCGACGACGGGCCUGACGUGCGUGGCGGGUCGGGAGACAUUCUGCUGGUCCACGCGACAGAGACCGACAGGAAAGAUCUGGUGCUGUACUGCGAAGCCUUUUUGACCACUUACCGAACCUUCAUCUCCCCUGAAGAACUUAUCCAGAAGCUGCAAUACAGAUAUGAGAAGUUCUGCCACUGUCCCGACACGUUUAAGAAGCGGGUCAGCAAGAACACCUUCUUCGUCCUGGUCCGAGUGGUCGACGAACUCUGUUUGGUGGAGCUGACAGAGGAGAUCCUCAAACUGCUCAUGGACCUCGUCUUCCGUUUAGUCUGCAAUGGGGAGCUCAGCCUCGCCAGGGUCUUGCGCAAAAACAUCCUCGACAAAGUUGAUCAGAAGAAAAUGCUGCGAUACACCAACUCCAUCAAACCUCUUGCGGCCCGAGGGGUGGCAGCCAGGCCUGGGACCCUCCAUGAUUUCCACAGCCAUGAGAUCGCUGAGCAGCUGACCCUCCUGGAUGCAGAGCUGUUUUAUAAGAUAGAGAUCCCUGAAGUUCUCCUUUGGGCCAAAGAGCAGAAUGAAGAGAAGAGCCCCAACCUCACCCAGUUCACUGAGCACUUUAAUAACAUGUCAUACUGGGUCCGCUCCAUAAUUAUGCUGCAGGAGAAAGCACAAGACCGAGAAAGGCUGCUCCUUAAGUUUAUUAAGAUCAUGAAGCACUUGCGGAAGCUCAAUAAUUUCAACUCCUACCUGGCCAUUCUCUCUGCUCUGGAUUCAGCGCCCAUCCGGAGGCUCGAGUGGCAGAAACAGACCUCUGAGGGCCUGGCUGAGUACUGCAUGCUGAUCGACAGCUCCUCCUCCUUCCGGGCGUAUCGAGCGGCUCUUUCUGAGGUGGAGCCACCCUGCAUCCCUUACCUAGGCCUCAUCCUACAGGAUCUGACCUUCGUCCACCUGGGGAACCCAGAUUACCUCGAUGGGAAGGUGAACUUUUCCAAGCGCUGGCAGCAGUUCAACAUCCUGGACAGCAUGCGAUGCUUCCAGCAAGUGCAUUAUGACAUCAAGCGGAAUGACGACAUCAUCUCGUUCUUCAACGAUUUCAGUGACCAUCUGGCCGAGGAGGCCCUGUGGGAACUCUCACUCAAAAUCAAACCUCGAAACAUAACGAGGCGAAAGACAGACAGGGAAGAGAAGACCUAGGGGGAGGUGGGCAGAGGCCGUGGAUGUAAAGGGUCCCUCGGUGCCCAUGUGGACAGCAGCAGCGAGACUUGGACCUGUGACUGGGCCACGCCUCCCCACCUGGGGCAGCCCCAGGUAUUGGGUGCAUCUCGACAGUGAAGCUGUGACCGUUGGUGUGUGCUGCCUCCCCAUCGGGCCGAGGGAGAGGGCUGCCAAGGCAUUCCACUGCUGCUCAGUGCCAUAAAUCAGCUUUUGGUCUGGAGAAAGAGGGCGCCGGGGUCGGUGCGUCCCCACGUUGCCAGAUUUUGAAGUUGCCUCUGUGCUGUGUGUGUGUGAGAGGGAGAAUGAGAGAGAGAGAGAGAGGUCCUUCUGUUUCUGCCUGCCACAAGAGGCGAAAAGGCCAAGCGGUGUUGGAGCCACAGACGCCUCGCCAUGGCCCGUCGGGUAAGUGGCCCUUGUGCUGGAUCCAAAUGGCUGUCUUCAGCGAUGUUCCCUGUUCUCUCUCCCUCUCUCAAGAGCACCGUCUCAGAUUGGUUUUUCCAUGCUAGAGAACGGUGUGGGGGAGCGGGGAGAUGGGGAUGGGGAGAUGCAAAAUGACGUGAUGUCCUUCUCGGCAAAGCAGAUGGAUUUUCAGAGAUAUUUAACCUCAUGCUCCGCCCUCAGCAGCAGCACCAAGAAGGGCAAGGAAAGUGCAGGCAGCUGUCCUCUUAACACUGUGCCAUCCCCUCCCCUGCGCUCGCCGGGCCAAAUCCAUCCAGAUCACCUUAUUUAAAUAGACUGGGAAUCUCUCUCUCUCCUCCGCCUCGGAAAUCUGGAAUUGCCGGAGAUCUGUGAUUUCCCCCCCACCCCCAGGCAUCGCCUGGCUGUGCGUUUUAGGGAGGGGGGUGGUACUAGCUGUAACAUGGUAAAUAUGUAGUAUAUGAGACCGCCUGUAAAUACAAAUCUCUAGGCGCUGUUGGGUUUCUUUUUUUAAUGUUGAUGCAUGUCUGAAUUGCCAGCGGGGUUUUUAAGAGGAAAUGUAAACAAAAUAAAGCGGUAAGCAAUGUGUAUAGGAAAAAUGGAAACCCGCCACCCUUUGAAAUGAUCAACAGAGACGUCAGGAUGAGGGAGGCUUGAGCCCUUGAGUCCUGGUCGGAGGCUGGGCAGCGGACUACGAUGAGGGGAGGGACCCCGGCCGAUUUUGUUUCAGAGCUGGGGGGGAAAUCCAGAUCACACAUACGCAUGAACGGGCAUUCUCCAGUAUUAUCGUGGGGGCAUGAUCCAGUGGGAGGUUUGGCUCAGGUAGGGUUGCCAUGUCCCCCGGAAUUUAGGAUGUCCCCCGGAUUUUGCCUCCUCCGCCCAGAUUUACACAGAUUUCAAAUGCACUGCCCAGAUUGCCCGGAUUUUACUCCGGAUCCAAUUACAUGGGAGGGCAGAGGAGGAGCGGAAACUCUCCAAAUCGGCCAAAUAAAUAAAUAAAAUGUGAUUUAGUUGCCACGUAAUUGGCAUAAUAUGCAAAUUAGACCGCCUGGAUUUGGGAAGCUUGCAUGUGGCGACCCAAGGCCCAGGCCCCACAGAAGGGAAGGGCCUUGUGCCGCUCCUGCGUCUCAAUGGGUCUCCCGUAGGGGAGCUUCCUGCUGGCUCCUGUCUCGUUCCUGUUCUGCCACCCUUCCUAGCACUUGAUACCCGCUCCCUGUAGCCAGCAGGGGCCAUUAUUCCCUUUGCGGGGAAAAGCUUAAAGAUGCACCAACUUCAAAAAUCAUUUUAAAAUCACCCCUUUGCCCAAUAUCUUUGAAAUCUGGGUGGUAGCUUCCUUGCGCCCAUUGGGCACUAUCACCCACCACAACCUGCUCUGGGCCACCCAUGUGGAGCUAUAAGGCUGCUGAAAUCCCCAUUAUUCCAUAUGGGGGGAAAGCUUAAAGCCAACCAAAAAUUAUUUUAAAAAUCACCCCUUUGACCAAUUUCUUUGAAAUUUGGGUGGUAGCUUCCACCCAUUGGGAACUACCACCCAACCCACUUUGGCUACAAAAUGGGACUCCAGAUCUCCGAAUGUUUCAGAUCCAAAUCUAGGGUGAUUUGUACCUGAAUCUGGGCAAUUGAGGACAAGGGUGAUUUGUUUUGUAUACAAAUCAUCCGAAUCAGCCAGAUUCGGGUACAAGUUGUUUUGUAUCCGAAUCAUUUUGCACAUCCCUAAUAACAGCCAGGGCCUUCUUUGUGAAGAACCUUCCCUGAGGUGGGUCACUAUUUGAAGGAGCGAUCCACAAACACGAAGCAAGGUGGCUAAAUUGCAGCUUUGAGACUGUUUGCAUUGCUAAACUUUAGAAUAAACCAUUGAAACGUGAGCAACUUGCCCUCAGUGAGGAUUAAACUGAAGCGAAGUGGGGAUUAGAAGGGAAACCAAAACUGUCAGGGUCAAGGGGGAGAAAUUAGAUGUGGGGUCUGGGCAGUUUGGGAUAAACUCAAUGGCCUGGUUGGCCUUUUUCAAGUUGUCCGGAAGCUCUUGGUCUUGGCAGGGCUGCCAUGAAGCCUCCCUCAGCCUGACACUGCAUAUUUAUCGUGAACACAGUCCUGAUAGCAGCACCUACUUGCAAAGAACAUUUCAGAACCUGUUUCUUUUUUAUAUUAAAGGGAAAUAUGAUGAUAAAUGCGGUUGAUGAAUCCAGCCUGCGGUGAUCAUCAUGUUUACGGUGCAUGCGUUUGGUUGCCAAGAUUAAAGUGACAAUCGAACCCA